GAUACGAUUGUGGUGUACUGGAUGCGCCAUGGCGUUCGCGCACCCGGCGCCGGUCGACGUGUCCUACCUGCAGGCGCGCGAGUCGGGCUACCUGCUGGGCCGUGCGCGCGCCUCGUCAGUGGCUCUGCCGGGCCUGGCGCCGCCGCAGCGUGACAUCACGGAGGAGCUGGUGGAGCAGCGCGGAGAUGACCUGGUGGCCGGCGGUGGCGGCCUGCGCGUCUUCCUGCGCGUGCGGCCGCAGCUGGACGGCGACUUCGGUGACCUGCCGCCGGAGGAGCGCAAAUCGGUCCUGGAACGAUCCAGCGACAUCCACCUGUUGAUGCACGCCCCGAAGGACUCGGCUACGUACAAAAACGGUGUCAACAACAACGGGAAACUAACUCACAGGUACACGUUCUCGCACAUUUUCGGUCCCGACACGGACCAGCGGCGUCUGUUUCGGCAGACCACGCUCAAACAUGUGUCCGAGUUUGUCAACGGCCGCAGCUGUCUGCUCUUCACGUACGGGGCCACCAACUCGGGCAAAACGUACACCGUUCAAGGAACGCCCUCUGAGCCUGGCCUGCUGCCGCGAGCGUUGGACGUGCUGUUCAACUCGCUAGAGGGCCGGCUGUACGACCGUCUGGACGUGCAGCCGCGCGCCUUCUGUGACGUGUGUUUGGUGUCGGCUGGCCACGAGGCGGCCGCGCGGCGCCUGCAGCGCGAGGUGCUCCAGCUGGGCUCGGAGCGCGAGCUGCCGCCACCGGCCGACGACUCGGGCAGCUGUUGCGAGCAGAGCCUGGCCGGCAGCUCACUGUCGCUGCCUCGCACCGCCGAUAGCCUGGCCGCCAGCUCAGUCGAGUCUCUGGCCGAUGUUCCUCUGUGUCCUGAGGUGGUCGGCCGCCAGCGGGAGUCGGCAGUAGUUACCGAUUGUCAGCCGAACACCAGGUUCUCCGUCUGGGUGUCGUACGUGGAAAUCUACAACGACUACGUAUAUGACCUGCUGGAGCGACCGGCCAGCGCCCAACGCCGCCGUGCCGCCCUUCCUCUCGGCCUCGACAAGAAGGGAAACACAUACGUCAAAGGACUGCGCGUGGUGCCGGUCCGCUCGGCAGACGAGGCUAUCCAGGUGGUGCGCGCCGGCCGGCAGAACCUGCACUUUGCCUCGAACCGGCUCAACCACAACUCGAGCCGUUCGCACUGCGUGUUCACCGUGCGUCUGAUCCGACAUCUGGACACCAACAGUCCCACCGUGGCGCGAGUCAGCCAGUUCUCCGUGUGUGACCUGGCCGGCUCGGAGCGGGUCGAAAAGACGCUGGCGGCCGGACAAAGAAUGAAAGAGGCGAGCAACAUCAACUCAUCGCUGAUGGUCCUCGGUCGCUGCAUGAAGGCACUGCGCCAAGCGCAGAAGUCGGCUGGCGCGGCUGCUGGAGCCGGCGCCGGUAACCUGGUGCCCUACAGAGACAGCAAGCUGACGCGGCUGUUCCAGUCGUUCUUCAGUGGCGGAGGAGGCGACGGCUCCCGGAUCACAAUGAUCGUCAACAUCGGACCGAGUCCGAUCGUGUUCGAUGAGACCAUCCAGGUGCUCAAGUUCUCGGCUCUGGCCAAACAGGUGUCGAUUCAGCAGUCGGAGAAGCGCCGCGCGCCGUCCCGCUUCUCCAUCAUGGUGCGCCGCUCGAUGCACGUGGCGGCUGCGGCCGUGGGCGUGGCGGCGGCCGCCGGCCGACCCCGACCGCUGCUCGACUCCACGGUCGGCUCCGAGGAUACGACCGCCGGCGGCGACCAGGAGCAUCAGAACCUCCUGCAGUUGGUCGAGUCACUGCGCCACCAGCUGGUCGAGAGCCGCCGCGAAAAUGUCGCCCUGGAGGCGCGCAUCCGACAGGAGCUAUGCGCAGAGUUCGAGCAGCACGUGGUGCAGAUCGAGAGGGACUGGCAGGAGCGGAUCCAAGAGACGGAGCGCUAUAUGGAGAGCCGUGCCGAGAUGCAGCUCACCGCCGUGGCCGCCGGCAUCAAGGCCGAUCUGUCCAGAAAGCGGCGGCGCACCGAGACUCACAGCGACGAAGAAGAGGACGAGGAGCUCAAGGAUUUCGAACUGGAGGAGGCGCGCCAGCAGCUGGCGGCGGCCGAGCAGCGCUGCCAGCUGCUGGAGCAGCAGCUGGAGGCCGUGGAGGCGGACCGGCAGCAGGCGGCUGAGCGGGCCGCCCAGCGCCAGCAGGAGCUCGGCCGGCUGGCCGUACAGCUGGCUGAGCAGCGCGACACCGCCCAGCGGCUGGAGCGGGAGCGCGACGAGGCCGAGCAGCGGCACCAGCGGCUGCUGGAGAGCAGCGGCGCCGAGCAGCAGUCAGUGGCCGCCGAGCUCGGCAGGCAGGUGAAGCAGCUGCAGGAGGAGCUGCACUUCCGCGAGAUGGACCUGCGUGAGCUGCGCGAGUACCUGCAGGAGGGCGGCGACGAACUCUUGGAGCGCGAGGCCGACACGGAGCGGCUGCAGCGCCAGGUGACGGAGCUGCAGCAGCAGCUGGUGCAGCGCGACGAGGCGCUGCGGGACCAGCAGGCGCUGCACGCCGACCUGGAGCAGCUGCUGGCCAGCCGUUCCCAGCGCGUCGACGAGCUGGAGGCGCGGCUGGAGCGGCGCGCCGCCCCGCCGGCCAUCCAGGAGGAGUCUGGCGAGCAGUCGAACUCGGCCGACGCCAGUUUCGGCAGCCGGCUGCGCGCGCUGCGCUCCAUGACCGGCGCAGUGCUGCGGCAGGUGGCUCGCACUGACGGCGAGCGGCAGCCGUCGCCAGCGCCACCCCAGCCUGCCACCGGCCAGCCGGCGCCGCAGACCACCGAGCAGGAGUCACAGACAGACAACGACGCCGCUGCAGCAGCUGCCGACGAGGAGCAGCAGCUGCAGCUGGCCGAAAUCCGCGCUCAGGUGGCCGAGCUGCAGCGCACUUCUGACGAGCUGAAGGAGGAGCUGCGCGUUGCCACUGACCGCCUGGACGCCCGGACCGCUGAGUGUGCCGAGUUGCGCAGCAAGUGUGAGGAGCUGGAGCGGUCGGCGGCGGCCGAGAUCGAGCCCCUGCGCCAGCAGCUGAGCCGGCUGACUGAGGAGCGGGACCGCGUGGCCGGCGAGGCGCAGCGCGAGCUGGAGGAGCUGCAGCGCCAGUACAAGGAGGCGCUGCACCACCGCUCCGAGGCGGAGGCGGACGCGGCCGUCUGCGAGCGCGAGAUGAAGACGCUGCGAGCGCAGUUGGAGCGCGAGCGGCACGGGGACGGCUCGCUGCAGGAGCGACUGCGGGCGGCUGAGGCCGAGGCCACUGUGAUUAGAGAGAGUCGUGACCAGGUGAACGAGGCGCUGCGAAUCAUCAAGGCCGAGCUCGAGGCUAAGAGCGAGGAGCUGCGGCAGAACAACGCGGUCGAGCUUCGAGCGCAGCUGGAGCGGUCCAGGGCAGAGACCAGCCACCUCCGUGACGAGAUCGAGAAGCGCUCCAAUGAGCUGCUGAAGCUGAACAUCCACCUGGAGGGCCUGAAACGUCAGCUAGUGGAACGCGACGAGGACCUGCAGAAGGCCAGGGACGACCGCUCACGGGCCAUGCAGAUGUCCGAACAGAACAUCCGGCGCAAGAACGAGGAGCUUAACCGGGAGCGGAACGAGAGUUUACACCUGCGAGACAUGAUGGCGCGACUCACACCCCGCUCGAGCUCCACGCUGCAGUCAGAACUGGAGAGCGUGCGGGCCGACUGCCGGCGCAAGGACGACCGCAUCGAGCAGCUGGAGGCGCGCCUGCGCCAGUCGGAGCUGGCCACGUGCACGCCGACGCCGCGCAGCACCUGCGACCGCUCGCGCUCGGUGCAGAUCGUCGAGGAGGAGGAGGAGGGCGGGGUGACGCCGAUGGUGCUGCGCGGCCGGUCCAGCCGCAGCAGCCGGCGGACCACCUCCCGCGCGCCGCCGCCGCCCGCCGAGACGGACCACUCGGAGACAGAGGGCAGCGAGCACCCCUCGGAGACGGGCACCGGCCGGCGCCGGCGCACCCGGCGCGCCGCCAACGCCGUCCGAUUCACCGACGAGAACGCUGCCGCCUCGGAGGUGUCGGAGUCGGGCUCGACGGCGUCGGGCGCGGGCCGGUCGCGCGAGCCGCUGUCGGCGCUCAGCGAGCAGCAGGUGACCGCCGUCACCCCGGCCGACCAGCCGGCGCCGCCGCGCACCGUCAAAUCGACCGGCACCAAACGCAAGCUGUUCAAACGCAGCUCCGACCAGAUCAUGGAGUGCUCACCAGUUGAGGUAAGGAGGCUUGUACCGGUACAUGUGACUGAGAAGCGUGUGACGCCGCGGACGGUCGUCACGCGAAGCCUGCGCUCCCGGAAGAAGUGA